AGCCCCUGCGCCUCGGCUGCUCUCCUCUGGAAGGCAGAAAACGUUGCAGUGAGAUGAGUCACACGUUUAACAGCUUGUUGCUUCCAUGGUGAGACGCACCCUUGCUGUGCAUGCCAGCGCUCAUGGAGCUCCUGGCAAGCGCCCUGUGACGUGAACUCCUUGUGGCCCCGCUAAAUGGAACGCCCCUGGCACUCGCUGAAACGCCUUGAGCUUGUGGCUCCUCGCUGCUGUUGGGUGCACUGCUCCUCCUCCUCUUCCUCCCAAGAGACUCCUAAACUGAGGCUCCGUGGAAAUAAUGAAGUUAUUGCAUUGGUGGGAGCUGUUUCAGGGUGAAAUUACCGGGGAACUUUAGGCCACAGUGUAAACCUCUUGUCCUGAAGUAAUCAAAGACAUUAGAGUAUUUCAUCUGAGCUGUUUUGAUAGAAGUGUUUUAUCAGAGAUCAUACUGUCCCUGUACUGAGCUCACACCAGAGCUCAGGAGGUGGCUUUGAGGCUUGAGCUUUCCACUGCUCUGCCAGUGGAGAAGCACAGGAGAUCUUGGAGAAGUAAAUUCCAGAGAUGUUGUCUCAGUAGUUGGACUGCAACUUGUAACUGAAUUAAAUAUCUGAAAAGUGAAUUUUAAUGUGGAAAGCCACUCCUGUCCCAGGGAACUGUGGUUGUCCCAUUCUCAUUGGCUGCUGCCAUGUCCCUUCUGUUUUGAUGUACAGAACUAUCAUGUUUAAAAUUGCAGCAAGAACUUUUAAGACUUGUUCAACUGGCUUGGUUUAGCUUCAACAACUGACAUCUGAGAAUUGUGUACAUUAGGAUUCUUCAGAAAAAAACCCUGAAACAAAACAUGUCAUGCUUUUCAUCUUUUCAUUUUACAGGAUGAUGAGAGGGAGGGAUAGGGCAUGUGCCUUGCAUGUGUAAAGUGCUUUGCUUUCCAAAGGAGGGCUGCUUAGUAGUUAGAGGUAGUCUGACUCUUCAACCCUUUCACUCAGUCCAUCUAAAAAUGGAGUUUUCCACAGGUCUCUGAAGCUCCUGAAUGGACUGCAGAGAGUCAGCUGAUGUCUGUGAGCUUCUUAUAGUAGCAGGUAUCCUUUGGAGCCUGCUGUUCCCUUGCAGUAGUUCUGAGUUCUGGAGCAUCUUCAGUUGGAAACAGGGUGUCACACUGGAAAUUUAGCUCAUGAGUUGCUGUGGGGCAGGCAGGGAAGUGACUCAGCUCUGACCUACAGACAGGAGCUAAACCUAGGUACAAGAGGAAGUGCUAGGUGAUGAGAUAAAGGUGUUUCUGGAAUAAGGACUGAUUCUUUUUUUGUUCUUCUUUGUUUCUGUUGUUGUCUUUCUUUUUUUGUUUUCCUUCCCAAAGUCCUCCUCAACAGUUUUAAAUAGUUUAAAGACAAACAGCUCUGGGCAUGUUCUUCAGAGAUGCAGUAACCACUGCAUUUAAAUACAGUGCUUCAGGAUGUGGUAGGAAAGAGCUAGGUGCUGUAUUGUCUUCCUGAUGAAGUGCAAAACUUGAAAUGACAGCCCUCCCCUUUGCCCUUUCACAUUGCAGAAUGGUUAACAACAAUUUAAUUCACUCUCUAACCAAAUAUUUUUUUAUGUAACAUCUAGUGAGUUUGAUUACUGCGAGUUUGCUCUGGGUUUUUUUUUCAGCUGAGUUCUCCUUACAAAGGGGAGCAAGCUUGUGACUUCAAAAAGUGAAGUGAAACAGGACAACUUAGACCUUUUUGUUCUUUGUGGUGUUUCUUCCUCCUUGGUAGUAUUUUGGUUCAGCAGCAGUUAGUAGAAUGUGUAAGCCUGAAUUCCACCUCUUAAUGAAUCUUGAGAUAGUAGCUACCCCUGUAGUGUGGGUCGAGUUUAAUAUUGCAUAAACUUGUCAGUAGAGUUGGAGAUGGGAAUCAAAUAUUAAUAUAUUAUCUCUUGCUUUUAGUGUUUGCCUGUCACUGUGUCCCUCAGCACUUUGCUGUGUGGCUGCCUUGGUGCUGGGAGGGAAUUGUCCUUCAGUGCAGCUUCUGCUCUGCUCCUGAAUCUCAAAUAAGAGAUUAUCAGGCAAAACCAAUAUGAGCAGAGCAUAUUUUCAAUCCCCUUCCCAAAAGCUGGGCACAGUUGUAGGAUACUUUAAGGCAAGGGAGGUAUUACUAGUUAACGUUUAUAGUAUGACUGGAAUAGAGUUUGCACAGUCUCAGUGGGUGAAUAUUUUUCACAUAGAUUUUACAGAUCCCUGGUUUCAUCUUGUGCAUCAUGCUGCAAAGAUAACAACUGUGCCACACGCUUCUGCAACCCACACUUCUGGUCCUUGAAGUGGAAUUUUUCUCCUUUACACAUAAACCAGAAACUGCUCUGGUGGGGAGGAAGCUCUGUUUAACUUAGAUCUGUUCACGUUGACCAUACAUGGCUGAGACGGUUAUUUUGGGGCAGUUUCUAUCUGCUUGUCAUAUGACUGAGAAAGUUCAAACUUUGCCUUGAGGAGAAGGGAAAAGUUUGAGAACGCUUUUUUUAGUAUUUGAGGAGAAGAUGGCAUGAGCCAAAAUAAAUUUUUAGGCUUGAGCACUUGCUCACAUCUUGGUCCUGAAUUUGAGAAGUGCCCCAUUUAAAAAGUAAAGUAAUAAAAAACCCAACAAAACCAAAACUAAACAGCUCCUUCCCUACAAACAGCCCCACAAAACCCAACCCGAAAUUACUCAGCUUGUUUAAAAUUUAAACUUGCAAGUUUGAUUUUAGGACAGGUGAGCACAGAACACUUUGAGCCAAAGGGAGUACAAGACAGAGACAGCUUGAGGUGAGAAGCAAUCUGUGUGUGUCAGAAUUUCAUUUGCUUGCUGAGAAGUGAGACAUCCUGGACAUACUCCACCCUCCUUAAACUUCACUUUGGUGGUGAACAUUCUCUGCAUAUGCUGUGGGAGAUGCUGAAGAGCCCUGAAGGGUGAGAGAUACCUGCAGGGUUUUGGUGCAGACUCUUCUGGGGACAGAUGGGGAGUGAUUUCCUGGCUGAGUGCUGAUAGUUUGUCUAACGUGCAGCGCUGCUCUUCGUGGCUUGGCACAGGUUCAGUGCUCUGUGUGGUGUGGGAGCACACUGUGUAAAACGUGAGAACUUCCUGCUGUGAUAAGGAACCAACAGUUCUUCCAACAGGUGCAGUCGUUAGCUGCAGUCCUGAAGAUGUAACAGAAACAUUUGCUGUCAUGGGCCUUCAGUAUUGUCAGUCUCAAACUGAGUCUGGCCUGAGCAGUUCAGAAAGCAGAGCUUUGCUUUUUGCCUUGCACUGCUAUGAUAAGAGAAUUAGGAGGGGAAGCUGUGUUCAAGAAUCUUUAAUCCAUGAUGGUGGCUGUGACUGAAAUGAAUAAUCUUAUUUUAAAGGGUGCUCUAAACCGCUAAAGCUUUAUAAAUAUUAAUUUUGUUCAUUUGUUUCCUAAUAAAAGGCUUUUAUUCAUUAAAUCGCUAUUUAUUUAUUAACCUGACAAACUAAUAGCAAGCUCUCUUCUUUCAGUGUAUGCAUGUGCCAUAUCACAAUUCUGCUUGUCACCAUAAUAAGAACUUCAUUCAUCUGCCUUAAAAUGUCAUUGAUAACAACCUGGCAGUGGCCCAGCUUGGAGCAAGUUAACUACAAAAGGCUGCAUUGUAAACCUUUCUGAGAGUACAUGCUACAUUAAGUCUAAAAUUAAAAAAAAAAAAAAAGAGAGAGGGAGAAAUGUGCAGGCUAGUCCGAGUGUCAUACAGCUGCCAAAUAGCUUCAACCCUCUGGAAAAUAAUGGAAUUCUGUAUGGAGGAAUUCUGGCUGAGAUGGGUUAGUUUGGAAUGAGGGAUGCAUUCUGCUCACUUUGAAAUCUUUGGGGUACACUCAAAAGCCUCAUCUUCAAAUGAUGAGGGAAUGCUUUACUGAACCACAAGCAGCUAAAUGAGAGCUUGGACAUGUAAGGAUCUUGUUAUUUCCUUUAGUCUCAUCUUUCUGCAACCAGGAUAAAAGCUACAAUCUGAAAAUAGUCACAUGCCUCUGAAGUUAACUGCUAGGAAUACUGGGAGUUUGUCUUGGUUAUAGAAACCUUCCCUGACUCCAUCUGCAGGCUGUGCACCAAAUGUAUUUAUCUCCCAUAAGUUCACAGAGUGCAAGGAGGGUCUAUCACAUGCUGAAGUUCAAAUAUCUGGUCUCUGCCAGCUGCUCUGGAGGGACCUGAGCUGCUCCUUGCUCUGCAGUCCUGUGUAUGGGGCUUCAUGUUCACAGAGGUUCAGGGCUUCUGCCUUUGACUCUCCUGUUCCUAAAACUGUUCCAAAUUAAAUCAGUAGCCUGGGUGAGGGUGAACUGAUCUGUCCAUAAAACCGAUGCAGAGUUCGUGAACUUUAUGGACAAAAGCUCCCAGGGAUCUGUCAAACGGGCUGUGUCCUGUGCUGCGUGUGAGGGCUGUGGGGUUUGGUACAGCCCCUACUGACCUAGGCAGUCUCACUGAACAAUUUGACUGCUGAGUUGACCGUGAAGCAUUAACACAUCUUCAUCCUUCUUCUGGGGUCUUCUGGGAGCGCUCUAAGCAUGCAUUAAACACCGUGGUUCUCCUCCUACACCCCAGACAUGGCAAAAGCUCAGGCAGUGUGGGGAAGGGCUUGCUCACAACUGAUGGGUUUACAGUUGGAUUUCUUAACUGGAACAAGGACUGCAAGAGUCUUUAAAAACUAAAAACUCAAACCCUGCAAUUUCAUGCUGCUUCACUUCUGUGGUUUUUGUUUUGUCUCUUUCUUAAGUAUAGUGUAUGGACAGCGCCAUGGGUUAGGGAACACUUCAGCUUCAUCUUCAGAGACUUUUCCUAUGUAGCCUUCUGCUGAAGUCAAUGGGUGUGGAGGAGGCAGACAGCGGGGAAGAAGAAUGCCGGUCCCAGCCCAGAAGCAUCAGCGAAAGCUUCCUCACUGUGAAAGGUGCAGCUCUCUUCCUGCCACGAGGAAAUGGGUCAUCCACUCCCAGGAUCAGUCACAGGCGCAACAAACAUGCAGGGGAUCUCCAGCAGCACCUGCAGGCCAUGUUCAUCCUGCUCCGCCCAGAAGACAACAUCAGACUGGCUGUAAGACUGGAAAGUACCUACCAGAACCGCACUAGAUACAUGGUGGUGGUGUCCACCAAUGGCAGACAAGACACGGAGGAGAGCAUCGUCCUAGGAAUGGAUUUCUCUUCCAAUGACAGUAGCACUUGUACGAUGGGCUUGGUGCUGCCGCUCUGGAGUGACACCUUGAUCCACCUGGAUGGGGAUGGAGGGUUCAGCGUAUCAACAGAUAACAGGGUGCACAUAUUCAAGCCCGUGUCUGUACAGGCAAUGUGGUCUGCUCUGCAGAGUUUGCAUAAGGCUUGUGAAGUGGCAAGGAGCAACAAUUACUAUCCAGGGAGCCUCUUCCUCACGUGGGUCAGUUACUAUGAGAGCCACAUCAACUCGGACCAGUCGUCGGUCAACGAGUGGAAUGCCAUGCAGGAUGUCCAGUCCCACCGGCCCGACUCGCCCGCCCUCUUCACAGAUGUCCCAACUGAGCGGGAACGCACGGAACGGCUGAUCAAGACCAAAUUAAGGGAGAUCAUGAUGCAGAAAGAUUUGGAGAAUAUCACCUCAAAAGAGAUACGCACGGAGCUGGAGAUGCAGAUGGUGUGCAACCUGCGGGAGUUCAAAGAAUUCAUUGACAAUGAAAUGAUAGUGAUCCUUGGCCAGAUGGACAGCCCCACACAGAUAUUUGAUCAUGUCUUUUUGGGCUCAGAAUGGAAUGCCUCCAAUUUGGAAGAUUUGCAGAACAGAGGGGUACGGUACAUUUUGAAUGUGACUCGAGAAAUAGAUAAUUUCUUCCCUGGGCUCUUUGAAUACCACAAUAUCAGGGUUUAUGAUGAAGAAGCUACAGAUCUUCUGGCUUACUGGAAUGAUACCUACAAAUUCAUCUCCAAGGCAAAGAAAAAUGGUUCUAAGUGCCUGGUGCACUGCAAGAUGGGAGUGAGCCGCUCAGCAUCCACGGUGAUUGCCUAUGCCAUGAAGGAGUACGGCUGGAACCUGGACAGGGCUUACGACUACGUGAAGGAGCGGCGCACCGUCACCAAGCCCAACCCCAGCUUCAUGCGGCAGCUGGAGGAGUACCAAGGCAUCCUGCUGGCCAGCAAACAGCGGCACAACAAACUGUGGCGCUCGCACUCGGACAGCGACCUCUCAGAUCACCACGAGCCCAUCUGCAAGGCUGGGCUGGAGCUGAACAAAAAGGAGAUCACCACCUCAGCUGACCAGAUCUCAGAGGCCAAGACCAAUGACAACCAGCAGCCCAUGUCUCCCAUCUACUCAGCUGAGCUGGGCAGGGAGCAGCAGCUCCCAGAGGACACGAACAUGAUCGAGGACGUGUGUGUGAAGGAGAGAAGGAUCCACUUAGAGUUUACUUGCAGAGACUUCCACACUGAGCAGAUGGAGGACAAGCUGAACCUGAACAAUAUCAAUGGCUGUACAGCAGGGUGCUGUGUGGACUCUGUCCCCCCUGACAACUGCCGUGCUUCUGAGGCCUUAAUGCAGCUCCAGCACCCCUUGGAAAUAACAGAGUUUCCUGAUCUGACAGUGGAUGAUCUAGAAAAAGAUGCCCUUAAGCCUGACAUGAACGUGCACUUGGUUCCCAUGGAAGAAUUCACUUCAUGCUUAAAAGACUUCCCCCAAUCCCCAAACCAGAAUUCCCUAGGUCUCCAACAGAACCCUCAGCCCGAAGUGACAGACCUCAGCACAGACAGGAUUGAUUUCUUCAGCGCUUUGGAGAAAUUUGUGGAGCUCUCCCAGGAGAGCCGGUCACGCACCUGCUCCCAUUCCAGGCCAGAGGAGCAAGGGACUGGGAGGAAUGGGGUCUCCAGGGUGCCCGUGCUGGAAGUGCCACCUGCUGCAGAUGGGGGUGCAGAUGCUCGAAGGAACAGCCCUGGAAACUCUCCUCAGCCAUCCGAUGACUCUUCCACAGAUGAAGAGCAACAAAAGGAGGUCCCUGAGCUGCCUGGUGCAGGUCAUCUCACGAGAUCCCACUCGGAAAAUGCCAUUUCUGUGAAGGAAAUUAUCACAGAGAUCGAGUCAAUCAACCAGGGAGCAGGACCUGCCCAGCAGAAAGAGGGUUCAGCCAACCUCAGCCAGACACCAAAGAGGAACACGGUGCAUGACCUGCCAGUGGAGGUGAUUUGGGCAUCAGAAAAGUUAGAGCAGAGUGAAGGAGCCUGUGCUGGACACCAGGAGAAGGAGAAGGACCCUCUGCCAACUGAGCAGGAAGAAGCGCCAUCUCUGCAGCUGUCUUCUGGUAGAUCAGACCUGGAGGAAAGCAGCUCUGGCGGGGAGCAGCAGGAGCCUCGUGGCUCCACCAAGCCCGAGCCCAAGUGGUGCCCCGGCUCCGUCCGGCGCGCCACGCUGGAGUUCGAGGAGCGCCUGAGGCAGGAGCAGGAGCACCAGCACACGGCCCCAGCCUGCACUUUACCCACCCGCAAGAACUCCAGGAACGACUCUCCUGCCGCCGAGCUCCUGCCACGGGGGAGGAGCGAGGAGCCGCCCCUGGAGCUGGCUCCGGAGGGGGACAAGGCACUGGAGGAGCCACUGCUGCCUUCCGGGGCAGAGCAGCCUGUGGGCAGACACCUGCCUGCACCCCUCGGGCCCCCUGCCCAGGAGCCCCUGCCCGCAGAGCCCGGCCCGGGGCAGGAGGGAGCGGCACAGGAGCGCAGGACAGUGGUCUCGUUUGACGGGACGGAGGAGCCAUCCCUGCCCUCCCUCCUCCCAAAGAGAAUCGAAAUCAUCGAAUACACCCUCACGGUCAAGCCUGCGGAGCAGCGCCCCCAUACAAGCUGUGAGCAGGGCGGGCUGGCUGCGGCCACCCCGCCUUUAGAUGAAAACUUGAACCCCUCGACGUGCUUGGAGAAGGCUCCGGCCGAUCCCUCGCCGCCGGAGCACGUGGUACGCAAGCAGGCUGCCUUCGCCGUGGGCAGCCCCAGCAAGGAAGGCAGUGGGAUAUCUGCUCACCUCAGUGCUGCUUCUCCCUCUGCCCAGGUGACCUGUCCACCUUCAGCCAGCCUCGAGCGCUCUCCUCGCCCCUGCGUCAUUCACCUGGAGGGUGUCACCGAGCAGAGCACGGGUACAGAGGAUGAGCCGGUCGCGCCGUGUGGCGCCGAGGGAGACGCGACUCUGCCGUUCAGGGACGAUCCCAAACCUCUCUGUGGGGACGGCGCUGGCAUCUCGAGGCAGCUGAACAGUGAGGACUUCAGCAGGCAGCGUGCUGAAAACAUGGACCUUCUGGACAUCUCGUUCCUGUGUUACAGCCUCCCUCACAGCUCCAGCAGCCUCAGCGUGGAGGAGCGCUCCAGCAGCCCCGGGCCGGUCAAGCAGCGGGCGAAGGAAAUAGAGGCUCGGAUCCGGCACGCAGGGCUCACCAGACCCUCCCACAUGAAGCGCUCGGCAUCCCUGGCCAAACUGGACUGCCUGGAGCUCUCCAAGGAUGACUUACACGACAGGGAGUCGGCCUCUUCCAGUGCCAACCCGGUGCUUCUCACCUGCGUUGCCCUCGGUCGAGGCGUUUGUGGGGGGAGGUUGGAGAGGAGCUCUGAGAGGGCGUGUGGGAAGCAUCGCCUCUCCUCCCCAGAGCCCACAAAGCAUUUUGUGGAACAGCUCAGAACAGCCGAGUGCAUUGCCCAGAGCAUGCCGGUGGAGAGGCCGCUGGCUCAGUACGCCAAAGAGUGCAGCUCCAGCCAGCAGAGUUUGUGCUCCAGUGCAGAUCCCACGUGGACUAGCUCUGGGGAGGGCCCUCCGCUGCUCCAGGUGCACGUCCUGGACUCCUUGUCUCCAUCUCAAGCUCUGGCUGUUGCCCCACGGCAGCAGCACGGGAGAACUCAUCCUCUGAGGAGGCUCAAAAAGACCAAUGACAAAAAGCGGACAACCAAUCCCCUCUACAACACGAUGUGA